AUGCUGAUCACUCCCGCAGUCCAACAUGGCUGGAGGCGCCAGACGUCUCGCGAGCGUUUCGCUUUCACAAGAGACACAUUCGCUGAGAUGCGCAGGGCAGUCACAUUUGCUCGAGGACAAGUGAGACCAAGCUAUCAGAAAGAUGACGUGAUGGCGGAUGACAGCUUGGGAGAUCUUUUGGGAGAUAUGGACGAUCUGGACAACGCGCUUUUUGGCAGAUCCACUGGACCCAAGACGAAGCCAUCACUAGGAAAUCUUGAUUCACUUUUCGGAGAGACAAAGAAGACAACGGCAAAAAAGUCAUCGGUCUCUUUUUUGGACACCCCUACUACCAGUGCCUCCGGUGCAUCUCACCCUCCAACGAAAAGUACGCUGGACGAACUUUUCGCUGAUACUUCAUCGGACCAAAAAUCAGUAGCUGCAAGUGCAAGCACCACGCAAGCAGUAACUAAACCUUCUCGACUGCAAAGCGGUUCGACAUCGCUAGGUAACCUUCUAGGUCCUACCCGCCGUGACAAAGAAACGAAGCCAGGUCCUCCUAUAGAGCAAGCUGCUCCAGUUCAAGCUGCACAGAUCAGUGCAGUAGUUGCCCCAGAAGAUGCAUUAAGGACAAAAAGGUUGGAGAAUGAAGUUGAGCGCCUGAAUAGAGAGAUUGAAGAUCUGAAACGACGUAAGAAGGAUGAUGAGCAAGACAUUGAGAAGCUGUGGAAGGAGAAAUUAGCAAAGAGGGAUCGGGAGCAUCAGGAUGAGAUAAAGGAUUUAGAAACAGCGCAACAGAAGCAACUUGCCAAAUUGGAGAACGAACAUACUGAAGAGAUUGACCGCCUCAGAAUGACCUAUGAACGUCAACUAGAAACGAUACAGCAGUCAGCUAGCCAGUGGAAAGACGUGAGCUCUGUAGUGGAUAAAGUCGAUAGCCUUUCCACCACUAUAAACCAACUGGCGAACAAUGUCACUACCGCAACAGAACGUGCCCUGCUCGAAAAAGAAACCGAAUUGAGAAUGAAGGAGCAGAGACUAGAAAACACGGAGCAAAGCCUGUUGCGAGAUAAGGCACAGUUCGAGGACGAACGCAACAAGGUUUACGAAUUAAAUGCCAAGCUGAAUGAGCUAUGCAAAGGACAAGAGAGUGUCAUGGAGCAGGAUAAGUAUCGAGUACGCGAAGAGUGGAAUCGUCUCAAUGCUGAAAAAGCCGUGUUCAAGGAGGACCAGCGGUUCAUCUUGGAAAAUAUUGAGAAACAAAAAGCGGCUCUUGACAAAUCCAAGACGGCGUUCCUUCAAGAGCAACAUGAUCUGCUAGUAAGGGUUAGCACCGAACGUCAACUCCUUGAGCAGGAACGGAAUGAAUUUCAUGGGAAACGCUCCAUAGAUGUUAGGAGACUCAAGGAAGAAGCGGGCGAACUGCAGCGAAGGGCACAAAAUGUGUUGGCCGCCGAAAGGCAGGUCGAUGAGUUGAAAACCCGCUAUGAAACCAAGAUGCGACAGCUGCAAGAGCUUGAGAUCACUCUGAUGGAGGAGUGUGUCGAGAUGGAAAAUCUUCGGAAUCAUAUGUCUACAGUGAAGGUCAGGCCAGCAGCAGAAAAUGGACAGUUUGAGCGACCUACUAAUCUCGAGCAGGACUUUGCACUCACUCAGGUCGAAAAAGGCGUUCCUGCACAAAACGAAAGCGUGCGAACAGUGCUCAAAAAACACUCGGAAUUUCUUGAACGCUACAUGGGACAAAAAGUCGCAGCGGUAGCCCCACGUCCUGCUCGCUUCGACUCGCCAUGA